UGAUGGAUUAAAGCUAAGCAGCUCCAUUUCGCAGCACCACCUGAUCUUCCACUGCCUGUGCCCCAUAUAAAGGCUGGCGUGAUUGCUGAUCUCAGCUAGUCUGACAGUCUCUCUCUCUCCCUCCUCUCUCUGUCUGUCUCCAUCUCUUCUCUUCCUCACUGGUCCCUUAAGCCUGCUGCAUCACAGGAGCUAUCCAGUGCUGAACAGGAUCGCUUUUAUUUUUUAUUUUUUUAUUUUUCUGGGGGAAGCUGGGGGAGCCAGAGAGUAUCACACAGCAUCGCCGUCAGCCCUGUUCUCCACUGGUUUCCAUUUUCUUUCUUAUCCUAUGUUUUUGGCCGUUGUCUUCAUACUAACCACAAGGAUUACCGUCAAGCCAGCUCUGCUUGUGUGCUUCCUCAGAGGGUUUUUCGUUUUCUCUCAUGUGUUUUUCUCAGCGCUGUGUUUUUAUCCAUUGAAACAUGCCCCGCUCAUUUUUGGUGAAGAAGAUCAAGCUUGAUGAUUUCUCUUCGUCCAAUGUGGCCACCUCGAAUCAUCAUCACCACUUGGACGACUCGUUCACUUUUGCACGCUCCAUCACAGACUCGGUGACCAGCCUUGGGGUUCGUCUCAGUGAGAAUGGAUACAUCCAGGAUUACAUCACGCCAUCUGUAUAUCAGGGGGAGAAGAAGAUGGAGCACAAGCUGGCUUCGCCAGUGUCAGACCCCCUGUACACCCAGGUGAGCAGCGGAGGAGAGUAUUGUGACCCCGACCUGAAGCACCCCGACAGCCCCCAGUCUGGCAUGACAGCCAGCGGCUUCUACACUGGUGAAUCGGAGGCCCUGGCCGAGGGUUACACCAUGGAUGCCUUCUUCAUCUCUGAUGGGCGCUCGAGGCGGAAGGGAGACGGGGAGAGUCGUGGAGGAGGCUCCAGAAGCAGCAGUGCCAACGCUGGGGCUCAGGAGAGGGGAGCCGGCACGCCUCGCCACACCUGCAACGAGUGCGGCAAGACGUACGCCACCUCCUCCAACCUCAGCAGACACAAGCAGACGCACCGCAGCCUGGACAGCAAGAUGGCCCGCAAGUGUCCCACCUGUAAUAAGGUGUACGUGUCCAUGCCGGCGCUGGCCAUGCACAUCCUCACCCACGACCUCAAGCACAAGUGCGACGUGUGCAGCAAGGCCUUCAGCCGGCCGUGGCUGCUUCAAGGUCACAUGCGUUCACACACGGGGGAGAAGCCCUUUGCCUGCGCCCACUGUGGCAAAGCCUUUGCUGACCGUUCAAACCUCCGCGCCCACAUGCAAACACACUCUGCCUUCAAGCACUACAGAUGCAAGCGCUGCAAUAAGACCUUCGCUCUCAAGUCCUACCUGAACAAGCACUAUGAGUCAGCUUGCUUCAAGGGCUCUGCAGACGAAGACGACUCUGGAUCAGAAAACUAACCACGAGGAAGAAGUAAAAUUCUGAACCCCUGUUGUAGGUUCACAACCAAUAACCCUGUUCACUCUGCCCUCCAUGCCUUUUUUCUUCCCUUUUUUUAGAAAGCAAUAUUUUCACUGAGAUUACGUGAAGAAACUCUAAUGAUUAUGGCAAAGACAAUUUCAAAAGAUGCUGGAUUUUUUCCCUGCACAGUAGCUAAUCGUCCACAGAAACAUACAAUCAAGCAACCUUCCCCCAAAUAGAGACUGUAGAUGAUGAUAGUUGUACACAAUACAGCAACAUGUGCUCAUGUGGGAACAUGUAAACAAACACGUACAAAUACAGACAUGCGUGCACAUACACACACAAACACACACGUACGCAUGUGCGCACACACAUAAACACACACACAAUUAAAUAUGAGGCCUGGCAUGUGAAUUUUUAUCAAUGACUAUAAUGAUAUUGAUAUCAAUAGUAAUAAUAUUUAGAUUCCUGAUAUUUUAUAGGAAAUAGUAAUGAGAAAAAGAAAAAAAACAUAAAAAAGGACUAACAGUGUUCUUUUGUUUUUUAGAGACAAAAUGACCUCUUGUAUUUUUAUGCUGCUUUUUAUUUGCUAAGAAUUGAAUUCUUUUGCAACUGCCAACAUGAACUUUUUAUGAAAAUGUGAACUAUGACAGUAUUUGCAAAAAAGGGAGAUCAUUUUAAAGGUAAAAAGACAAACCCCUUUUUCCACACCAAUGUUUCAAUUCAACGGAUGUUAUUUUUCUAUUUGAUUUUUCUAAAUUUAUUUUUUUGUGCUUAUUAUUCCUUGUUGAUCAAAAGCAUCUUUGUAACUGUGGGUACUCAAAACACGCUCAUUUGAAUAAGCUAUAUAAGAUCAUAGGUCAUCCAAUUCAAUUCUGCAAGAGCAGAGAUUUUAAAAUGUUGGCCUGUUGAACAGGUUAUCACACACUCUGUCUGAUCAAAUUCAUAGUCUCACCCUGAUGUACAGACUUGGACAAAAACACUGAGAGCCAGACCAAAUGAUCUAUCGUUAUAAGUGCCAUGUGCGGGUGACUCGUCUAUAGCAAUGAAAACUCUCGUUGUUCUUCCUCCACCAUGGUGGCUUGCAUAAACUCUGCUGCCUUUAUGGUGAAUCGUCCAGUCUUAAAUAGCAAUCUUCACCCAGUGUUUGAGGUGCUCCCCCUCCGCCAGUGUUACCUCAGAGUGAAGGUAUGGACUCACACACCCUCAGUUACAAAGUGACAGGCAAAUUAUUGUGUUCGUCUGUUUUUAUAUGUCGCUAAAAGCUCCGCCCGCGGUUUUAGAUGCAUACCAUCUAUUUAUCAUGUAAAUACUUUAUUUAUCUACCUAUUUAUCUAUUUAUUUAAUUACUUAUUUAUUUACCUUAUUUUUGUGUAUUUAUUGAAGACUCGCUUAUUUAUCAUGUAUUUAUUUGUUUAUAAUUUAAAAAAUGAACAUCCAUUGACCUUGUAAGAUGCUGCUGAUCUUCAAAGAAAAUGUUUAUAUGCAUGAAAACUGUAGAGAGUCCAUGGGACUUAGGUUUUUAAAGAGGAACAAUGUACAUUACCAGUGUUAGAAGACUUCCAAUGAAUGAAUGCAGAAUUAUUUUUGUUUUUGUAGCAAUAACUUUCCUGACACAGCAACUGACAUGUGUAACAAUCACAGCUGUCCUGUUUUGUUGACUUAGGGCAAUAAAAAAAAAAACAAACAAACAAUGAAAUGAAAACUAAAAUACUCUUUACCUUGCUGUUUCCAAAAAGUCUGUUGCCUCCCAAUAACUGGAGCAUCCAAACCACCUUUUUGUCUUUAAAUCUCAGGCAACAAAGUAAAUCUCAGAAAUAACCGACGUUGAUGUGGAUGUAGAUGUCGCCCAGAAAAUGUAAAACCUUAAAAAUCGCAGGGUGGGAAAAAUGCAGGUGUAAUCUAGUUACACCAUGGUUGCAAAUGUGCAAAAGCAAUAACGAUGGUGAUAAAGUAAAUAAAAUAAAGACUGAAUCCUUUAUACAAUAAGUUCAAAAUGCUGCAAGGGUUAAUUUGCCUGGAAAAGGCUGCUAUUCCUCAAUAUUAUUAUCUUUUGUUUUAAAAAGCCACCAGGUAUGAAAAAAUUCUUCUGGCAGCUGAAGCGCAGGUUUGAGUUUGAGGUUAUGUAUUACACGACAGGUUUAGAAUAAUUAUCAUUUAGGUCGCUGGCAUAAUAAAUUGUCUAAUAGAGUUAAAUUCACUACUGAUCCCAAACAACUCUGAGGUGUCAAAGGCAAGAAUCCCUCUGAGAUAACAUAAGGAUGGCUGCAUGGAUGUAUGUCUUAACCAGCACUGAUGGAAAUGAUCUUGACGUCGACUGCCGCCUUGGUAGAGAAAGUUUUUGAGAUUGUUGUGUUAAAACGACGCGCUGUAACGCACUUCCAACUCCCACAUCAUUUCUCCCGCAUCCCUCCCUUCCCCACCAGCCAUCCUCAUCCUGUCCCAACUGCCUCUAAACAGACGCAGCGAGGAUGAGAUGUGCUGAAGUGGGAUUGGCGGAGGGUGGCGGAGUGUGGGAGGAUAACAGGUGUUUGCAGACAGACUGCAGAUAGGGAGCGUAAUUGAGUCGGUGAGCGACCUCCAAGGGGAAGGUCAAGCACCAGCAGGCAAAUGCACUGUCAGCUAUUUGCAUAUUCCAAAUGGAUGACACGAUCGCUGUAAUGCUGAGUCCGCCCUAAAAAACAAAAAACCCCACAAAACUGAGGAGAAAAGACAGCAAUGAGGAGCUUCUGCUCUGUUUGUCCGUCGUCUCCUCCCUGUUCCACCAUCAUCCUGUCAAUGGUCGCCUAAGUGCUACAGCUGAAUCACUGCAUGAGAGCAUCCAAACCACCUGUCUCCUGAUUAACUUGCAGAACACCCAGUUUGGCACGUUGCUCUAUUAUCGAACUAAUGCAGAAAUCAUAACUUCCAACAGACUAUUUUAUAUAUUUUUAUAUUUUUCUUCGGGAGUCGUAAAUAAUGUAUCUCCAAAACCUGCGGACUGUGUUUUAAUAAGGCAGAUAAAAGCACUGAGAUUGUUAGAAACAUCAAUUGGAAAUGCACUAUACCUGUAGGCUUGUAUCUAAAACUGGCAGUAUUACAGCUUGUCCUCACAGAAAAUACUAAUUACAAAGAAGGAGGCACAAUUUGAUUCCAAACUACUGAAUUUAGAUGUAGGGAAACAUUGUUCCUCUUUGAUAAUUUUGUAAAUAUAUUUGUAAAUAUAUCACAGCAAUAAUAUGACAAUGCAUGUAGACAUUUAAUUGCUCUUUUUCUAUUCAUGUUGUCUUUUUUUUAAUUAAAAAAAAGACAAAUACAGGUAUCAAUUGCAGUCUGGGUGGCCAUGUGAAUCAGGGAGUGUCUUGAUUAAAAAGCUAUCUGUUGUAAGUUACAAACAAAAACUUCAAACUCUGUGUAUUCUCAAAGAUUUGAUCAUGUUCUGUAUGAUUUUUCUGUUCUUGUUUUCUUUUAUUUAUGUGCCCGGCUUGGCUGCGCAAUGAAAAAGUGCCAAAAAGUAUGAUUUCCAUGACAAAAGCCUUCAACAUAUGGUUGGCUGCUUGAAACCUUCCAUAUGGUCCUCAAAGAAAAAAAACUGAUUAAGAUUUUCCACUUUCUUUCUCAUUCUCUCUCUUUCUCUCUCUUUAUCUUUCUCUCUCUCUGUUCCAGCUGAGUAUGAAGAAAAGCCAUGAUUGCUGAGGGGUGUUUUGAUUUAUCUUGUUCUGCUACAAUUAAUAAUGAUGACAACAAUAGCAAUGAUAACGUUAAUAAAAACAAUAGCACAAGGA